AGCUACCAGUCCGCGAAUGACGACCGCCACGCGUUAACGUUGUUGCUGGCAUUUUACAAAAAAAGUAAACUCCCGCGUUUCGAAGUGAAUUUGAAAUUGGAAGCAGUAACGCCGACCAUCACGAGCUAUCCACAGUAUUAGUGAUAACAGUGCCAAAGAUUAGACAUAAGCGACAGAAGCGCCACCCCGAUGCGGUGACGACAUGCAGCGCCAACUCAGCAACGUCAGCUACCAUUCGUACCAGGACUACCAGCCGGCUAGGAGAUAUGGGCCGCAGUAUGAGCCGGGCGGGUACGCGACGGCAGUGCAGCAGCGUACCAACAUGACGCAGCGCGAGGACGCGCUCAAGUUCGAGCAGGGCCGCAUCAAGGCCCUCCAAGAGGAGCGCCUGCACAUCCAGAAGAAAACAUUCACGAAAUGGAUCAACUCAUUCCUGCAGAAGGCCCGCAUGGAGGUAGACGACCUGUUCGCCGACCUAGCAGACGGCCGGCGACUCCUCAAGCUGCUGGAAAUCAUCAGCGGCGAGCGCCUGCCGCGGCCCAACUCGGGUCGCAUGCGCGUGCACAAGAUUGAAAACGUCAAUAAAAGCUUGAGCUUCUUGCACACCAAGGUGCGUCUGGAGUCCAUCGGCGCUGAAGACAUAGUGGACGGCAACCCUCGCCUCAUCCUCGGGCUCAUCUGGACCAUCAUCCUGCGCUUUCAGAUCCAGGAGAUCGAGAUCGAUGUGGACGAAGAAAAUGAGUCCUCAGAGAAGAAGUCCGCCAAGGACGCGCUACUCCUCUGGUGUCAACGGAAGACCAGCGGUUAUCACGGCGUUCACAUCCACAACUUCACCGACUCAUGGCGUUCAGGACUCGGGUUUAACGCGCUUAUACACGCGCACAGGCCUGAUCUCUUCCGCUGGUCGGAAGUGCCGGUGGCGGAGCCUGUGGAGACCCUGAAUCACGCCUUCGAUGUCGCGCACAAACAUCUGGGCAUCCCACGCCUGCUCGAUGCUGAGGACGUGGACACGACCCGCCCUGACGAGAAGUCUGUGAUGACGUACGUAGCGAGCUACUACCACACCUUCGCGCGUAUGAAGAACGAACAGAAGAGCGGCAGGAGGAUUGCUAACAUCAUAGGCCAGCUGAUGGACUGCGACGGCCUGAAGACGGAGUACGGGCGCCUCAUCUCAGCACUGCUGGAGUGGAUCCGGCUUAAGAUCCAAGAGCUCAACGACCGGGAACUACCUAACUCGCUAGAUGGGAUCCAACGGCUUUUACUUGCUUUCAAGCAGUACAGAACCGUCGAGAAGCCACCGAAGUACAAAGAGCGCUCGGAGAUCGAAGCCCUGUUCUUCCACAUCAACACGAUGCAGAAGAGCCUGGUGGGUGAAACCUGGGCGCCGCUCGAGGGGCAGCUGCCUCAAGACCUGGAGAGAGCCUGGCAGCAGCUGGAACAGGCGGAGCACGCGCGCGAAAUAGCGCUGAGAACAGAACUGCUGCGGCAGCAGAGAUUGGAACAACUGAACUACAAAUUCAACACCAAGAGUGUACUCCGCAAGGGCUACCUAAAGGAGAUGAUCCAGGUGCUCUCAGACCCUCGCUACGGAUCCAACCUGGCGCAGGUCGACGCCACCGUCAAGAAACACGAGGCUAUCUCCGCGGAUAUACUCGCCAGAACGGAACGUUUCGAAGACCUGUCCGCUAUGGCAGCAGAACUAGUUCGCGAGAACUACCACGGCGCUGAAGCCGUCUCGCGGACUGAACAAGCUGUCUUACAGCGCUGGAGGGAACUGCUUGAACUGCUGGAGAAGCAUAGGAGCCAGUUAGCCAAGUUGGCUCAUCUUAUGGCGCUGUUGAGGGAAGCAGACACCAUUGGACAGACUUUGCAGGAGAUGAAGGCCCAGUUCCAAUCCGAAGAAGUAGGCCGGCACCUAGUGGACGUGGAGCGUCUGUUGCAAGCGCACGCGUUACAAGAGCUCCAACUAGGCGCCGUCGACGAGGGCAUCCGCCGCCUGGUCCGGCAGGGCGCCGCCGCCGACGGCCCGCAGCCGCCGCGGGCCCAGCUCGCGCGCCAGCUGCGGGCGCUCGAGGACGCGCUGGACAGUCUGGUGGCCGCAGCCAAGGACCGCAAGGCCAGGCUUGAGGACGCGAGAAACCUGUACCAGUUCUUGGAAGACCAUGACGAGGAAGAAGGCUGGGUGACAGAGAAGCAGCGCAUCUGCCGCGCGGACGUCGCAGCGAAGGAUUUGCGCGCAGUGCUCGCGCUGCGACACAAACACGCGGCGUUACGUCACGAGCUCAGGGCGAGAGACCACGUGGCGCAGAGACACCGCGCCAAGGGACAGAGCCUGAUCGACGCCAAGCACCCCAAGAGCGCCGAGAUCGAGCGCCGGCUGUCCUCGCUGCAGCAGCAGUGGGCAACGCUCAAGGAACUGGAUGACGCGCGCGACAAGCAGCUGGCAGACGCGGCCGAGGCGCACCAGUUCUACGGCGACGCCAACGAAGCUGAAUCCUGGAUGAAGGAGAAACGAGCGCUGGUUGCGACUGAAGACUGCGGCCGCGACGCUCACGAAGCCGCUGCCUUGUUAGCUCGCCAGAGGGCGCUGCAUGACGAGCUCAGAGCUCACGCGGCUGAGCUAGCAGCCUUGGAAGCGAAUGCUGAGAGAUUGACCGCUAGAGGAAUACAUACGCUACAGCUCCCCACAGAAGUCGAGUCCGCAGCGGCUUUAGAAGAAGAAGAAUGGGUCAAGGAAUCCCGGCUGGUGCCGACAGAAGUCUGGGAGGAAGAGCCCGUGGAAAGAUUGGAACACCGCACCGUCACCGAGGAGCGAAGCGUGCCGCAGGUCAAGGCCCUCUACGCGUUUACCGGGCAAGGCAUAUCAAUGCAAAAGGGCGAGGUGAUGUUCCUCAUCAACAAGACCAAUCCGGACUGGUGGUCGGUGCGGAAAGCUGACAGGACCGAUGGCUUUGUCCCCGCUAAUUAUGUGCGAGAGAUCGAGCCGAGGGUUGUGCCGGUGCAAGUUCGCCGCCCAGAGAAAGUCCGUACUGUCCAGCGCGUGAAGAAGACGGUCCUAGUGAAGCAGGUGGUGCCUGUGCGUCGUCCGCGACCGCACGCCCGCCGCGCGUCCCGCGCCGCCCCCGCCCGUCUGCCCACCGUUGAAGACAGGCGAGCGGCUAUCAAGAAAGAUUACGAGGAGCUCCUCCAACUCUCGGAGGCUCGCCGAGCUCAACUAGAAGACGCCAUCCAACUGUACGGCUUCUUCGCGGAGUGCGACGACUUCGACAAGUGGAUGAAGGAGCGCGAGAGAAUGCUGCGGACUGACGACGCGGGCGACAGCGUGGACACGGCCAAGAGGAAGUACGAGAAAUUCGUCACGGACCUCUCAGCAGCCUCCAAGCGUCUGGAACACAUCGACGCAGCAGCUGAACAGCUGGUGGCUGCCAAGCACAGCCAGGCUGGCAAGGCGACCGCCAGGAGGCAGCAGCUGAAGCAGCAGUGGGACCGGCUGCUGCGGCUCAAGCAGCAGAAGGAGAAGAGCUUGGAAGGCGCUUCCAGCGUGGAACUCUUCGGCCGGACUUGCGACGAGGCCCUCGACUGGAUGGCCGAGAAGGAACAACAGCUAGCGGCCAGCAACGCGCCGCCUUCCGACCUGCGCACAGUGCAGGCCUUGCAGCGACGCCACGCACAGCUGGAGAGGGAGUUGGAGCCGCUGAGGGAGAAGGUGUCUACUGUCAACUUGCUGGCCACUGACGUCAAGAACCAAUACCCCAACGAGCGGGCGAACGUGGAAGCCCGUCAGCAAGAGAUCAAGGCAGUAUGGGAGCGGUGCCAGGCGCAGGCCGCCGAGCGACGCUCCCGGCUGGAGAGCGCCGUGGGACACCAGAUAUUUGGCAGAAGCAGCCAGAUGCUGCAGGAUUGGCUGCAGAACGUGCACGAGCAGCUGUCUUCCGAAGCAUCGGCCAAGGACGUGGCGACGGCUGAAGCGCUGCACAAGAGACACCAGGAGCUUGGCGAUGACAUCAAGGCGCACGAGGAUGAGUUCAAAGAGGUGAUCGGUCUGGGCAAGCAGCUGGUCGGCAACAACCCGUCGCUGACCGACGUCGCCGACAAGAUCAACCAUCUGCACGACGAGCAGAAGGCUGUUGAGAAACACUGGGCGGAGAAAGACGCGCGUCUAAAGCAGCUAGUACAACUAGCUAGUUUCAACCGCGAGGCCGACCACAUCGACGCGGCCAGCGGCGCGCACCUGGCUUGCCUCGACUACCGUCAUACUGGGUCGUCUGUGGACGAAGCAGAGGCGCUUCUCAAGAGACACGAAGAAUUAGAGGCGCGUCUAGCAGCACAAGACGAUCGCCUGGCUGCGCUCAAGCAAAGAGCCGCCAACUUACAGCGACAACAGCACUAUGCUGCUGACCACAUCGUAGCGCGGCGAGACGCAGUCGUACAGAAACGCGACGCGGUGCGACACGCUGCGGCGGAUAGAAGGCGGGCGCUACUCGCCAGCUUGGCGCAUCAACAGUUCCUCGCCGCUGCAGAAGAACUCCAGAGUUGGAUCCAGGACAAAACUAAAACGGCGAAAGAUCAGAGCUACAGGGAUCUCGCCAACUUGGAGCGCAAGCUGCAAAAGCACGAGGCAUUCGAACGGGAACUGCAGGCCAACGAGAAACAGCUCAGGAAUGUCGAGAGCGUGAGUAUUGUAUACUAUACUACUUUCUACAGCGAUUUCGCCCGUAUUUUGAAAGUUCCGACAUUUAAAAGGAGCGUGGAAGACGCCAAGGCUCGGCUCGUGGACUUGGAGCGAGCGCUCAAGAGCGAGGAAGUCGGCACCGACCUGAGGAGCUGUAAGAGGCUCAUGACUCAGCACCAGGCUGUAGAACAAGAGCUAACCCAAUGGGAACAAAAGGCCUCGUCGCUAUCCGCGCAAGGCGAGGACCUCGUAUCGGACGGCCACUUCGACGCCGCCGCUAUACAGCGGGAAUCCGCUGCGUUGACGCGCGCCCUUCAAGCAUUACAUGCCCCAGCUGCUGACAGAAGGAGAGCGCUCAGCACUAGUCUACAGCUCCACAAAUUCGCUGCCGAAGUAGCCGGCGAGCUGGACUGGCUGAACGAGCGUAAAGCAGCGGCAUCGUCCGAAGCCCUUCCCGGUGACCUCCACGCUGCCCAGACGGCGCUCAAGAAACACAGCAAGCUUGUUGGCGAGCUGGCUGGUAGAAAACCGCUGGUGGAGCGCGUCAUCGGACAGGGACGCGCUCUGAUGGAGGACAGGCAUCCGCAGGUCGACAAGAUCUCAUCUCUCUGCGAGUCGCUAUCCACCGCCUACGAAGAAGUAUCAGCGGCGGCCGAAGCCCGCGGCGCGCGUCUGGAAGCCGCGGCGCGCGCGCAACAGUUCGUGCACGACGCGGCCGAGCUGGAAGCCUGGAUGGCGGAUAAGGCUGCUGCGUUAGCUGAUGCUGACGUUGGCAGAGACAGGCAUAGGGCGACGCAACUCCUGACGAGGCACAAAGCCGUAGAACUAGAACUAGACACAUACGCAGCCAUCGUCGCCGAGAUGGGUCGCGCGGCCGCGUCGAUGGCGGACGGUGAGGGCGAAGCGCUAGUCCAGAGGCACGAGCAGCUAGCAGCUAGUCUGCAGCGCUUGCAGCGGCUUGCGGCGCACCGGCAGCGAGCGCUGGUUGAGAGCGUAUGCAGACAUGAAUACCUGGCAGAGAGCGCUGAGCUAGAGAGCUGGAUACAGGAGCAGUACACGGCUGCCUCCAGCGAAGACUACGGGCAAGACUACGAGCACUUGCUGAUCCUAAGGUCCAAGUUCGAGGAAUUACGCCUACGCGUGGAAAGCGGUGCUGAACGGUUCAGCCAGUGCGAGGAGUUAGCCAAGAAGCUGUUGGCUACUGACAGCCCAUACAUCGCCGAUAUCGAGCGCAGACAAGAGGCGCUGGGCGAGUCCUGGCAACGCCUAGUCGACCAGAUCCAAUCCCGCGGCGCGAAACUCCACGCCGCUGGCGAAAUACACCGCUUCCAUCGCGACGUGGCUGACUUACUGGCCAGGGUCCACGACAAGAGGGCCCAACUGUCCCAGGACUUGCCAGCGGGCGCUGCGGCGCUGAGAACUAGGGACAGCACUGAGAAUGACCUGCUGGCUAUUGAUGCUCAGAUGCAGGUGCUCCAAGAAGAAGGAUCCCGCCUACAAAAGCUGUAUCCAGGCAGCAACGUACAGCAGAUUGCGUUGCAGCAGCAAGCGUUGGAAGACGCUUGGGCAGCGCUGAGAGCGGCUGCUGAUGAGAGGCGACGACAGCUGGAGAUGCAGGCUGAUCUGCACCAGUUUAGGGCACAGGUCCGCGACCUGACCUCCUGGUGUAGCAGCGUGGUGUCAUCGCUAGUGGCAAGCGGCGCUGGCGCCGGCGGCGUGCGUGACGCGGCCUCGGCUCAGGCGGCGCGCGCAGAGCACGACGCGCUCAGGGCCGAAUUAGAUGCACGCGAUGACUCCUUCCGUGCUGCGCUUGAUCAUGGACAGAGGCUGUUACAGGAGGGACACCCAGCUUCACAGGAGGUGGAAGCAAAAUGCACCCAACUGGUGGAAGCAAGAGCAGCGGCCGCGGGCGCGUGGGCGGCGCGACAAGUGGCGCUCGACCAGCUCAUCGACCUGCACUGCUUCCUGCGGGAUGCGGCACAACUGCACGAGUUGUGCGCGGCUCAGGAACAUGCGCUAGCUGUGGAGAUAUCUCCCGACUGCAGCGUGGAAGAAGUCGACAACCAGCUAAAGAAACACGAGGCGUUUGAGAAACUGAUCGCCACUCAGGAUGAGAAACUAGCAACCCUGAACAGCCACGGAGACAAACUGCUACAACAGAACCACGUGGAGAGCCAGCGUAUUGCUGACGAGCUACAGAACAUUAACGAGAGGAGGACCAAGUUGCACGAGGCGUGCGCGGCCCGUCGCGGUCGUCUAGCACGCCAGCGCGCGCGCGCACAGUUCGCGCGCGACGCCGCCGACACGCGCGCCUGGCUCGCCGACAAGCGCGCCAAGCUCACCGCCGACCAGCUGCAAGGCGAAGUCACAAGCCUCGAAGACAAGAUCAAGAAACUCCAGAAGCAUCAGGCCUUCACUGCUGAACUGGCCGCGAACAAAGCGCGCCUGGCCGAGGUCGGCGCGCUGGCGGCGCAGCUGCGGCCUGAUUCGGAGGUCGAGCAGCAGCUGCAAGCGCUGGAGGAGCAGUGGAGGCAGCUGGAAGAAGCCACUGAGCAGAAAGGUCGUGGCUUGGAGGAAGCUCAAGACAUAUUGGAGUUCAACCAGCAUUUGGACAAGAUUGAAGCCUGGAUCAGAGACAAGGAGAUGAUGGUGCAAGCUCACGAGUUAGGCCGCGACUACGAGCACUGCAGUGCGUUACUGCGCAAGCUGGACGACCUGGACAGCGAUAUGAAGGUCGACGACAAGCAUGUUAAAAGCAUCUGCGCGCUCGCCGACAAGCUGCUGCAGCAGGGCCCGACGCAGCAAGCCACGAGCGUGGCAUCCCGGCGCGACGUGUUCCUAGCCAAGUGGCGAGCGCUGAGCGGCGCGCUGCAGCAGUACCGGGACAACCUCAACGCGGCGCUCGAGAUACACUCCUUCAACAGGGACGUAGAAGACACAGAAGAGCGUAUCGCCAAGAAGGCAGCGCUGUUCAGUAGCACCGAACGCGGGCGUGAGUUGUCGGCCGCAAGAGAGUUGCAGCGACGCCAUAUUGCGAGAGCAGCCGAAACCAGAGCCGUGGGAGAUAAGAUCAAGGCUUUGGAGGCUGAAGGAACUAAGCUGGCUGCAGAGCACCCGGACCGCGCGAAAGAGAUAGAAGACAGCCUGAAGAGCCUCCGCGAAGGAUGGGACAACCUGCAGAAGUUGGCGGACAAGCGCACUGCUCUGCUGGAGGAGGCCAUCGCAGAACACAAGUUCGAUGAGACUUUGAAGGAGCUGGAGUUGUGGGUGUCGGAGAGCAUCAAGCGCAUGGACAGCGCCGCGCCGCCCGAGAGCGUGCCUGACGCGGAGGCCGCCUUAGAGCUGCACCACGAGAGGAAGGCCGAGAUCGACGGGCGUCAGAAGGCCAUCCUGUCCCUCCAGAAGGAGGUGGAACAUGUCCCGGAGAAGAAGCAGCGCGUGGAACAUCUGUCCCGCACGCUGGACGGCGCGUGGCUGCAGCGCAAGCAGUACAUCACGCAGGCCGAGGUCGACGGCCGCCAGAAGGCCAUCCUGUCCCUCCAGAAGGAAGUGGAACAUGUCCCGGAGAAGAAGCAGCGCGUGGAACAUCUGUCCCGCACGCUGGACGGCGCCUGGCUGCAGCGCAAGCAGUACAUAACGCAGGCCGAGAUCGACGGGCGUCAGAAGGCCAUCCUGUCCCUCCAGAAGGAGGUGGAACAUGUCCCGGAGAAGAAGCAGCGCGUGGAACAUCUGUCCCGCACGCUGGACGGCGCGUGGCUGCAGCGCAAGCAGUACAUCACGCAGGCGCACCAGCUGCAACUGCUGAAGGAGCAGGCGCGACAGACGGAAGACUGGCUCGCGGCUAAGGAAGCCUUCCUGAACAACAUCGACCUGGGAGAGAACAUCGACGCCGUAGAGACCCUGAUCCGCAAGCACGCGGAGUUCGCCAAACUGCUGGAUUCCCAGCUAGGCCGGGUGGAUGAACUGGAGAAGUUCGCUCGAGGGAUGCUGCAGGACGACCACUAUGAUAGGGAGUAUAUUGAGAAGAGGCUGGCUGAGAUACUGGCGAGGAGGGACAAACUCAAGGAGUCCUGCCUAGCCCGCGGCGUGAAGCUGGAACAAUCAAGGCAACUGCAUCAGUUCUCAAGGGAUCUGCAGCACGAACGCGAGUGGAUCGCGCUGAAAAUGCAGCAGGCGGCUGAGCAGAACUACAGAGACCUGUCAAACCUGCAAAGCAAGAUCCAGAAGCAAGCGGCCUUCGAAUCAGAACUGGCCGCCAACAAGGGCCGCAUCGAUGACGUCGCCAACCACGGCGAAGAACUUAUCGGUGAGUGCUGA